AUGUCUCGUUUAAAGUGUCUUUCUAGGUAUGUUUUUGUUUUAUCGGGAAACACGAGUAUCGUGGUCAUGUUGAUUGUGAUUUGGUCUGUGGUCAUAUUGGCCGCUCUGACGCUCUACUUCCGCCAAUUGUACUCCAGGUUUAGCAGUUAUGGAGUCAAGCAGUUCAAGCCAAUACCAAUUCUUGGUAAUAAUGCUCGCAUUAUGCUCCGCAUGAACCAUUUCUCUGACGAUGUGCAAAGACUUUACAAUGCAUUUCCUGAAGAGAGGUUCGUAGGAAGGUUUGAAUUCCUGAAACCUACGGUGGUGAUCAAAGACAUAGAACUGAUAAAAAAGAUAACGGUGAAGGAUUUUGAACACUUUCUAGACCACCGCUCUUUUGUUAACGAUAAUGUUGACCCAUUCUUUGGACGUAAUCUAGUCUUAAUGAAAGGUGAUGAAUGGAAAGAUAUGCGAUCGACAUUAAGCCCUGCAUUCACGAGCUCUAAGAUGCGAUUGAUGGUUCCAUUUAUGGUUGAAGUUGGUGAGCAAAUGAUAAGAACACUUAUGAAAGAGAUUCUCAAUUCUUCAGGUAAAUAUAUUGAUGUAGAUGGUAAGGAUCUGACGACGAGAUAUGCUAACGAUGUAAUUGCUUCCUGUGCCUUUGGACUGAAAGUAGACUCAUAUAGUGACAAAAGCAAUAUAUUCUACAAGAUGGGCAAAAUGGCUGCAACCUUCAAUUUCAAGCAGUUGCUAAAAGUUUUCGCAUUGAUGACUUUUCCUACUGUGUCUUCGAUCCUACGUCUCUCAGUGUUUGAAAAAUCGGCGAGAGAUUUUUUCUGGAACUUGGUAAUGAAUACAAUGAACGAACGUGAAGCUAAACAAGUUGUCAGACCUGACAUGAUUCAUCUUCUAAUGGAGGCUAAGAAGGGUCGAUUAACUCAUGAAGACAAAGGUGCUGACACGGAUGCUGGAUUCGCAACUGUCGAAGAAUCUUCUGUGGGAAAGAAGAAUGUAGAUCGUGUGUGGACUGAUAUCGACAUAGUGGCUCAAGCAGUGUUGUUCUUCAUUGCUGGUUUCGAUAGUGUUUCCUCUGCUAUGUCGUUUGCGCUUCAUGAAAUAGCAACACACCCUGAAGUCCAGCAGCGUCUAUACGAAGAAAUCAAGAAACACAACGGAAAGAACCGUGGAAAUUUAGAUUACAAUUCCAUACAGAAUCUGAAGUAUUUGGACAUGGUUGUGUCAGAGGUGCUUAGGUUAUGGCCUCCGGGUGUCGCAUUAGAUAGACUAUGUACCAAAGACUAUAACUUAGGAAAACCUAACAAACAAGCGACGCAAGAUUUCAUAGUUCGUAAAGGCGAAUCAGCUACGAUUCCCGUCUGGGCAAUCCAUCGCGAUUCAAAAUACUAUCCAGACCCGGAGAAAUUCGAUCCAGAGCGAUUCUCUGAAGAGAACAAACAUCUUAUCAAACCACUUACCUAUGUUCCAUUUGGUCUUGGCCCUAGGAAUUGUAUAGGUUCCAGGUUUGCGUUAUGCGAGGUGAAGGUAAUGCUGUACCAGCUUCUCUUACACAUGGAGUUGUCUCCGUGCGAGAAGACCUGCAUACCAGCGAAACUCUCCACAAGUACUUUCAAUGUUACCAUGCAAGGCGGACACUGGUUCAAAAUGCGAUGUAGAAUACAAUAG